GAAACUUAUAAAGGUAAUCAAGCUGGAGGGAGACACACAAGGGCAAGAAGUAAAACUACACCGGACACACAGGGAACAAGAACCACUAAAUACAACAGGAUACACGAUAGAAUAUAAGAAAUACAAGAGUAUAUAUACAGUAUAUAUAUACACACACACAAGGAAUACAACACAACACAUGGAUCAUUAAUAACAUGAGGAAGACAUAAGGUCAACGUAUUUCUAAUACACAAUACACACAGGGAGGAAACAAGACCUGAAACAGAAGGUCAAUCUAGAAAAUAAAACAGGGAAUCAGUAUCAGAUUUGAGUUUUAGUGGUGGUGAUAGAUGGGUUUUGUUCAAUUUAAACUACAUGAGUUUGCAGUCACACGUGACACCACACACAUCAUUAGACCAGACUCUGGAGUCUUGACUAUAUAAGAGGGCCCCAGGCACAGAUAGAUUGCGGGGACACCUUGUGUGAUAUCCUCUGAGGUACUUCAAGUUUGUUUCCUUUCUUUGACAUAACAUCAAUGUGUGAUUUUUCUCCAUUACUGUUUUCUGACUUUCAGAAUUAUUUUUUUUUCAUCUAAUUUUGGUUUGAAGUAAACCUGAUUAUGAAAUACACAAACAUUACAACUAUAGACCAUUUUAAUGUCAUUGGAUUCCCUGGACUUAAGCCUGAGUAUUAUGGGCCUGCAUCUGCUCUUCUUCUCUUCAUUUUCUUAUCUAUUGUGAUUGGAAAUGGUUUCAUAUUAGCUGUUAUUGUGUAUGUGAGGACUCUUCACAAACCCACAUACUUAAUCUUUUCUCACCUUGCAAUGUCAGACAUUAUUUUUGGUACUGUGACUCUUCCAAAAAUCAUAGCCAGAUAUUGGUGGAAUGAUGUUACAACUUUAUUUGGAGCCUGCUUUACACAAAUGUACUUUGUCCACUCUUUAGGAGCCAUUCACUCUUUAAUCUUAUUGAUUAUGGCUUUGGAUCGUUUUAUUGCCAUAUCAUUUCCUUUUCAAUAUCCCAUUGUCAUGACAAACAAAUCAGCCUCUAUUUCUUGUAUCCUGUGCUGGGUCUUAACAUUCAUACGCAUGAUGGGGAUUGUUCUGCAUGCUUACACUUUGCCUUACUGCGACCAAAACAUCAUCAUACAAUGCUACUGUGAUCAUAUAUCAGUAACUCAGCUGGGGUGUGGUGAUGAAGAGGUUGCAUAUGUUAAAUAUGUUGCUUUUGUAAAUGCCAUGAUCAGUCUCUUGGUUCCUUUAACAUUCAUCAUUGUUUCUUAUUUUUCUGUGAUCAUAGUUUUGCUGAAAAUGUCUCAGGCUGAAGGGCGUCACAAAGCACUGUCCACCUGUGCUCCUCAGAUCUUUAUCACUUUUCUGUAUUAUGUGCCCAGGUGUUUUGUUUAUAUUGCUCAUCAGUUAGGUUUCAAGUUUACUCCUGACGUCCGUAUUGCUAUCACCAUGAUGUACAGCCUCAUACCUGCUGCAGUUAAUCCCAUAAUCUACUGUUUGAAGACUAAAGACAUUAAAGAGGCUUUGAUGCACAGGUUGCAGAAUAGAAAAAUCCACGCAGGAAUUAUCUCUUAGAAAAAUAUAAAGACAUUUUAUUUUACAUGAGCUGUGGAAAACAAUACAGUUAGUGCUAGUGAUACAAAUGUGCCAUGUUAAGAUGAUCUAUUAUGAUUUAAAAUCUGUCUCCAGUGCCUUUACUGCCUCCCAGCUUGAAUCAGUCAGUCAUCCCUGUCCUGUUUGCAGAUGCUUCACAUGCUGCAACUCGACUGUUAGCCAGAACCAGGAGAGAAAGAGCAUCUCUCCUGCUCUUGCAACAUAGGUGUCUUUACAUUUGUAUAGGGACUGAAGCUACAUGGAAAAUAUCAGAUGGCUAGAAUAUUUAUUACCAUGAAUUGUUCCUGUAACUUAAAACUCUAUGUAUAAUUCAAGAUGUCAUAUCAUGUGAAUCCUCCUGCUUACAUCGGUUUAGCCAAAGAUCAAAUAUACUCUGUUAUCAUCUUGUGUAAUUAUUGUGUAUAUGUCAGAAGUUGCUGGAAUCUAAAGUUGUGUUAGUCUGCACACUUAUAUGUAAAAUAAAACUUUACAG